AUGGCACCCGCAACGGGACGACGAUUAUAUCGCACAAUCAACUUCGUGGCUGGCCUCGCCAUCUUCUUCUUCGGUUAUGACCAGGGAAUGAUGGGAGGUGUAAACACCUCCCCAGAUUACGUCGAGGUUAUGAAGCUUGGAUACUCCACCUACGAAGGCCCUUCACAAGGCUAUGUCGCCACAAUCACCCACCCUACUCGCCAAGGCGGCAUCGUCAGCAUAUACUACUUAGGCACCCUCGUCGGCUGCCUCAUGGGCGGCGUAUUGGGCGACCGACUGGGCCGGAUCAAGUCGAUGUUCAUUGGCGGCCUCUGGGUCCUCCUCGGCGCCACUCUGCAGUGCUCGGCGCAGAACAUCUCAUGGAUGCUCUGCGCGCGCAUCAUCAACGGUAUUGGCACGGGCAUUCUGAAUGCGAUCGUGCCCGUAUGGUCGGCGGAGGUGGCGACGCAUACGUCCCGUGGCGCGUUCAUCGCGAUGGAGUUCACGCUGAACAUCUUUGGCGUCGUUGUCGCGUAUUGGCUCGAAUUUGGACUUGGCUUUGUCGGAGACGGCAGGUCGCAAGUUCGCUGGAGGUUCCCCAUCGCCUUCCAAAUCAUCCCCGUGCUCGCCUUCAUGGCGUGCUUACGCCUGAUGCCUGAAAGUCCCCGGUGGCUCGUCAAGGCCGGGCGGCUCGACGAGGCGAAACAGGUCUUGGGCAUGCUUCGGUCUGAGGAUGGCAAUCUUGAAGACAAGAAGGUCGUGUCUGAGUACACUGAUAUCGUGGAGGUUGUCGACCUCGAGCAUGCGCACGCGUCGCGGAACACGUAUUGGGCCAUGUUCUGGGGCAUCGGAUCUGGUGACUUGCACGUCGCGCGUCGUGUGCAGUUGUCUAUAUGGCUGCAGAUCUUUCAAGAAUGGGUCGGAAUCGCGGCCAUCACCGUAUACGCGCCUACUAUCUUUGCCGAGGCGGGAUACGACGCUCGUAAAUCGCAAUGGCUUUCAGGUCUUAACGACGUCACAUACAUGCUCGCAACGUUGAUGGCCGUGGUCACCAUUGACCGCUGGGGCCGUCGCGUGGGCCUGUGGUGGGGCGCUGUGGGCCAAGGCAUCUCCCUCAUUCUCGCCGGCGCGUUCGCGCGUCUGCUGAAGGACAACCCGGCAAAGGCGUCACAAUACGGCGGCGCGGCCGCCUUCUUCGUCUUCCUCUACACCGCCAUCUUCGGCGCGACCUGGCUCACGAUCCCGUGGGUGUACCCGACCGAGACCUUCCCUCUCGAGGUGCGCGCGAAGGGUAACGCGUGGGGCGUCGUCGGCUGGUCGAUCGGCAACGGAUGGCUCACGCUCCUCAACCCGGUCAUGUUUUCCUCCAUCGGCGAGAACACGCUCCACAUCUUCGGCGCCGUCAACUUCCUCACGAUUCCGAUAGUGUACGCGUUUUACCCUGAGACAGCGAACAGGACAUUAGAGGAGAUGGACCUGUUGUUCGCGAGCGACAGUCCGUUCGUGUGGGAGGAGGAGAAGCACUUUAAGAAACUGAAGGAGGCGCAGGUAGCGAAGCACGAGCAGGAGAGGAGCAUGCAUGAAUCGCAUGCGGUGUCGAAGGCAUGAACGUGUGAUAUGAUACACGAUGUAUACUUAGAUUCUGUUCUUUGUGUAGUUGUGAGGUAUAUUCAUUAAAAGUAUAAUCU